UAUAAUGUGAGAGACAGUGAAGAUAGUUUUGGACAUUUCAGGGUUUAAAUAAACUGAAUAAGUACAAUCAAGUGAUCAAGUAUAUGAUUUGAGAGCUGUUUCCAAAAUGUUGAAGAGCGAGUGCGAAUCUGCUGAGGACAGUACCAUCGUGGCUCCCAGCAAGAUAUCACUCAGUUCGUGGCGUGAGAUCAAAACUGAAUGCGAGUCGCCCGAGGUGCGCAUGGCGCUGCCGCUGCCGCCGCGCGCGCCGGAUCCCGCGGCGCUGGCGGCCUACUGGGCCGAGUACGAGGACCUGUGCCGCCAGAUCAGCGCCGGCCACCAGCUCGAUGACGACGACAACCAUUAUGAAGAAGGCGAAUUAGAGGCGGAAUGGCUGCAAGCGGCGGGCCUGGGGUCCCUCGCAGCGCCCUUCCAAGCUGGCCUGGAGGUGACGGAGGCCCAACUGGGUGAGGCUGUCAGGCCUCUGCCGAGGGAACAGGCCGCGGCCGUCAGGCGGCGCGUGCGCCGGCUCAACAGAACUGUGAGGAGGAAGCGGGCCGCUUCCAGAGCGAAAAAGCCUGAUAUACGCGAUGUGUUCAGGGAUCUCGAGAAUUCGAGUGGCAGUGAACCGAGGUCUCGCAGUGCGACCCCCGACUCUCUGGACUCGCUGCCCAGCGGUGGGUCUGGUAGCCCGCCCGCAGAGUGGGCAGACUCCGCCACACCACCAGACUUUGUCGAUAGCUUCCCGCCAGCCGGCGCGCACGCACCACUAGCCCGCACGCCGUCGGCGCCGGCCGGGGGGCGCCGAGCGCGCUUAUCACCGCCGGCGCAGGCGCACUCGCCGCCGCUGCCCAUGCACGAGCUCUUCAAGCCCAACGACCUGCACUGGGCUGAUAUAGCUACUAAUACUGAGGGCAUCGAGCUUUUGGGGUACCAAAGAUACGGAACAGUUCAGGGACCGAGAAUAGGCAAGGAACGAAUCAACGGAUCAAUCUUAAAAGACAAUGAUACAUUUAUAAACAAACACACAGCGGUGUCCCGCGCCAAGAGCUCGGCGUCCGCGCAGCAGCCGCUGAGCUUCGAGCACAAGUUCAACCUCGACCGGCAGAUGCUCGACCAAGAGGAGGAAUGGCCCGAAGAAGACAGCUGCGUGGACAUUGAGAGCCUCCCAGAGCCGCAGUUGAAGCGGCUGCCGCCGCUGCUGUGGCUGGAACUGACGGCGCUGUUCGACCGCUACUCGCUGCCCUUCCAUAAGAGGAAGCCUCCGAAGAAGAAAAGGAAGGAGGAGGGCAACGUAUUCGGCGUGUCCCUAGAGACGCUGGUGCGCAAGGACAUGAUCCUGUGGGAGGACACGUGGUCGUGCGUGCCCAGCGUGCUGCGCGCUCUAUCAGCCGCCUUGCGCGCGCGCACCGCCGACGAGGGACUGCUGCGCGUGCCAGGGAACAAGCAAAAGAUCGAGAGCCUCUGCCAGCUGAUCGAGCGCGAAUGGUACGGGCAGCGCGAGCUCGUAGAAGCCGCUCUAAGCCGAGCCAGCAGCCACGAUAUAGCAGCUGUGUUCAAGCGGCUGAUGAGGGACCUGCCGCAGCCGCCGCUUACGCAGGAGCUCAUGAGACUAUUCUACCACACUUAUGCGUUGUCAGGCACGACGCAGGGCCGCGCGUUGAACCUGCUGGUGCUUCUCCUGCCGGCGGAGCAGCGUGCUACCCUGCGCGAACUACUGCGCCUCGUGCGCCACAUCGUCGCGCACCACCACACCAACAAGAUGACCGAGCACAACGUCGCCAUGAUCAUCGCGCCCGCGCUCUUCCCGCCCAGGUGA